CUGUCUAAUCCAGGUAUCAGAAAAGAGGUGGUAUUGGCUGAAAGUUUUUUCUUUGGCAACUGUACGAGAUUGGGAUGCUUUGGAAAAGUUCUCAAAAGAGAAAAGGCCGCCAAUUGGUAAGUUUUUGAAGUUUUGGUAGGUCCAGGGAAUAUAGGUUUGUAUAAAUGAAAGGGAGGAUGUCUACUUGAGACUAGAUAAACCUAAAUUUUUUUUCCAACCCUUGUUUCAUGGGCUCGUCAUGAUCAACAACAUAUUGAUUCCCAUUUCGCACUAUGGAUAGGUGGCAUGAAAUUAGUGGAGGCACAUAUAUAUUAUAUUUUUUUUCUGGCUUUUGAACUAUACAACAAAUGCAAAACUCCACACAUUUUGAGUCAAAUGUUAAAAUAUCUGGGAAUGAUUUCCAUCAUCUCCGAUGGAGCCAAAAUUUCACCAUUUUUUGGCUUUGGGGUGUGAUGGAAUAAAUCAAAAUGGAUCUCUAAACUGUCUGCGCUUCUUUAAUUAAUGAAGUAGCAGUUAGUCAAGCAAUGCAACUUUCGACGUUGAGCCGGGGGUCUCUUUGGAAACAGCCUCUCUACUUUCAAGUAGGGGCAAGGUCUGCAUACACACACCCUCCCCAGACCCUACUCNGAGUCAAAUGUUAAAAUAUCUGGGAAUGAUUUCCAUCAUCUCCGAUGGAGCCAAAAUUUCACCAUUUUUUGGCUUUGGGGUGUGAUGGAAUAAAUCAAAAUGGAUCUCUAAACUGUCUGCGCUUCUUUAAUUAAUGAAGUAGCAGUUAGUCAAGCAAUGCAACUUUCGACGUUGAGCCGGGGGUCUCUUUGGAAACAGCCUCUCUACUUUCAAGUAGGGGCAAGUAGGCGAAGUGCAAAUGUCUACAAUUCUCUAUGCUUGGGGAAUAGUUGAGUUGGAUAUAUGUUGUAAAAAACCUUUUCCCCCGUUUUUUUCACUGCUAUGUAUAGGCUACAAACCAUUUGUGGAGGCAUGCGUUGAAGCGGGUGAGAAGGGGGAAGCACUCAAGUACAUACCUAAACUGCCUGAUCCUCGGGAAAGAGCAGAGGCUUACGCUCAAAUUGGAAUGGCAAAGGAGGCUGCAGAUGCUGCAUCUCAGGCUAAAGACGGGGAACUGCUUGGCCGGCUGAAGAUGACAUUUUCACAAAAUGCUGCUGCUGCUGCCAUUUUUGACUCGCUUCGAGAUAGAUUGUCUUUCCAAGGCAUAUCAUAAUAGUGUCCUUUUUUAUUUAAUGUGCCAGCAGCUGUUCAUGUGUUUCCUUUAUUUGGACCGUAAAUGUGAUCAGCCAGUCACUUGGAGCCUGGUGAGGUUUUGCACAUUUGCAGGUUCCGCCAUUGCAAGUGACGAAGCUUUUUAUUACAUUUGCUAUCUGAUGUGCGGAGUCUGAGGUGAGUCUCUCAUUACUUUUCGUGUGCGUGCCACCGUUGUUUGAGUUUAUCUUUUGUCUCCCCAUUUUGCCUUUCUAGUUAGCGAGUUGUAUGUGUGAAUUAUAGAGAGAAUUCCCAGUUUGUUUUUAUCCAAUUUGUGUAUAGUACAAUGGUAUGAAUAGACAAAGGCCUUUUUAUAUUCAUCUUUUAUUUCCAGUUAGUUAUUCGGCCCUCCCUAUUCUAGACAUCAGUCUCAAGACUCUUGUUGCAAGAUUCUAGUUUAAAAUUAAGGCGUAAAGAGCCAAAAUAAGAAAUGAUUAUUUGGUUU